AUGCCCUCACCUGGAGAUGCUCUGAAUCGAGAGCUGCUAUAUCACUCCUGGUUUCCAUCAUGUGGGAAAAAUGGAGUAAUGAGUCUCACACAGAAAAAUGUCUUGAGAACACCUUGUGGCCCACCCAGUGACAAUCAGCUGUGACGAUCGAAAGAAGAUAACAACUCGGGUCAAUGUAAAAUGAACCACUAUGAUAAAAAGAACGACACUCAAAUGAACGCGGUCAGUUGUCUCAAGUCUGAGGUCAGGAUGCAGAAGGGCGAGUGGCAAAUGGCUAAGAAGUUCCUGGAGGAGUGGAAGGAGGUGGCCCAUGAGCUGGCCGAGACAGAGCACAAGAACACAGUGCUGAGGCACAACAUCGAGUGCAUCAAGGAGGGGAAGGACUACACCAUGCUCCCGAAGAAGCACCUCCAGAAGGAGAAGGAGUGCCUCAUGUCCAAGCUGGUGGAGGCAGAAAUGGAUGGAGCUGCUGCUGCCAAGCAGGUCAUGGCCCUGAAGGACACCAUCAGGAAGCUUAAGAUGGAGAAACAGAUGACCUGCACGGACAUCAACACGCUGAUGAGGCAGACGGAACUUCUCUUGCAGAAGCUGGGCACGUUCGAGGAGACCAACCGCACCCUCCAAGACCUGCUGCGGGAAUGGCGCCGCAGGGAGGAGGCUGAAAGAGUCGUGGAGGAUCAAGGAGCGCUGCUGAAACGGCUGGUAGAGGCGGACUCGGAGGAAGCGCGGCUGCUGUUACUGCUGCAGGACAAGGACAAGGAAGUGGGAGAGCUCCUGCAGGAAAUACAGUGUGAGAAGGCCCGAGCAAAGACAGCGUCGGAGCUUUCCAAGUCCAUGGAGUCAAUGCGUGGGCACCUGCACGCACAACUCCGGUGCAAAGAGGCUGAGAACAGUCGCCUGUGCGUGCAGAUCAAGAACCUGGAGCGCAGCGGGAACCAGCACAAGGCGGAGGUGGAGGCCAUCAUGGAGCAGCUGAAGGAACUGAAGCAGAAGGGAGACCGUGACAAGGAGUCCCUAAAGAAGGCCAUCCUGGCCCAGGAGUGGGCUGAAAAGAGCGAGAAGUACGCUGAGCAGCUACACGUGCACCUCGCAGGCAAGGAUCUUUAUGUUGCCAAAGCUUUACCCAUGCUGGAGUCGUGGCGGAGCUGCUACAACCAGAUUGUGAAAGACAAGGGAGACCUGGAGCUGGAAAUCAUCGUUCUGAACGACCGGGUGACAGACCCUGUGAACCAGCAGCAGACCUUGGAGGAGAAGAUGCGGGAGGACCGUGACAGCCUGGUGGAGAGGCUGCACCAGCAGACAGCCGAGGACUCCGCCUUCAAGCUGGAGAAUGAGCGGCUGAAGGCCAGCUUCGCCCCAAUGGAUGACAAACUCAACCAGGCACACCGCGAGGUCCAGCAGCUGAAGGUGUCAGUGAAGAACUAUGAGGGAAUGAUCAACAAUUAUAAGAGCCAGGUGAUGAAAACCAGAUUGGAGGCUGAUGAAGUGGUUCCCCAGCUCCUGCGCUGCGACAAAGAGAACAAGAUCCUUAAAGAUGAGAUGAACAAGGAGAUCAAGUUGGUCAGUCGGCAGUUCCGGCCUCAGCUGGCUGACCUGCAGCAACUGCCUGACAUCCUCAAGAUCACAGAGGCCAAACUGGCCAAGUGCCAGGACCAAUUGCAGGGCUGCAAGAGGAAGAACACUGACCUGAGGACCAUCAUCUCUGACCUGCGCAGCUGGGUAAGGGACUGGCAGAAAGGGUCCCAUGACCUGACCCAAGCAGGGGCCCUCUUGCCAAGAUGA